UGUUUUAGUAGGAGUUAAGAAACCCCGUAGGAAGUAGGUUACCAUACAUUUUCCAAGAUGGCGGCAGCAGAUGGAGAUGAUUCCCUGUACCCUAUUGCUGUACUCAUUGAUGAACUUCGCAAUGAGGAUGUACAGCUGCGCUUGAAUAGCAUCAAGAAGUUGUCAACCAUUGCUUUAGCCUUGGGAGUCGAGAGGACCCGCACAGAGCUCCUUCCCUUCCUUACAGAUACCAUCUACGAUGAAGACGAGGUGCUACUUGCACUUGCCGAGCAGCUCGGUAACUUCACCAUGCUGGUGGGAGGCCCAGAGUUUGUGCACUGCCUCCUGCCCCCGCUGGAGAGCCUGGCCACCGUAGAGGAGACGGUGGUGCGCGACAAGGCCGUGGAGUCGCUGCGCAAGAUCUCCCACGAGCACUCGCCCGUGGACCUGGAGGUGCACUUCGAGCCCCUGGUGAAGCGCUUGGCCAGCGGAGACUGGUUCACCUCGCGCACCUCCGCCUGCGGCCUCUUCAGCGUGUGCUACCCCCGCGUCUCCAGCACCGUCAAAGCCGAGAUCCGACAGCACUUCCGCAACCUGUGUUCCGAUGACACUCCCAUGGUCAGGCGUGCUGCUGCAUCCAAACUGGGAGAGUUUGCUAAAGUGUUGGAGUUGGAGUAUGUCAAGAGUGACAUCAUUUCCCUCUUUACAGCUCUAGCUUCUGAUGAGCAGGACUCUGUGCGGCUCCUCGCCGUGGAGGCCUGCGUCAGCAUCGCUCAGCUCCUCCCCCAGGAGGACCUGGAGAGCCUUGUGAUGCCCACCCUCCGCCAGGCAGCUGAGGACAAGUCAUGGAGAGUCCGCUACAUGGUGGCCGACAAGUUCUCUGAGCUCCAAAAGGCGGUGGGACCAGAGAUUACCAAAAACGAUUUGGUACCGGCCUUCCAGAACCUUCUCAAGGAUUGUGAGGCCGAGGUUCGGGCCGCUGCAGCAAAUAAGGUCAAAGAAUUCUGUGAAAAUUUACCAGAAGAUAGCAGAGAGACAAUCAUCAUGACUCACAUACUGCCUUGUGUGAAGGAACUGGUUUCCGAUACCAACCAGCAUGUCAAGUCUGCUCUGGCCUCCGUCAUCAUGGGCUUGUCCACCAUCCUGGGAAAGGACAACACCGUCGAACAUCUGCUGCCACUCUUCCUGGCACAGCUCAAAGAUGAGUGUCCUGAGGUUCGUCUGAACAUCAUCUCCAACCUGGAUUGUGUCAACGAGGUGAUUGGCAUCCGCCAGCUCUCUCAGUCUCUGUUGCCGGCCAUCGUUGAGUUGGCAGAGGACGCCAAGUGGAGGGUGCGGCUGGCCAUCAUCGAGUACAUGCCCCUGCUGGCUGGACAGCUGGGUGUGGAGUUCUUUGAUGAGAAGCUGAAUUCUCUGUGUAUGGCAUGGCUUGUUGACCAUGUUUAUGCCAUCAGGGAGGCUGCCACCUGCAAUCUGAUGAAGCUGGUGGAGAAGUUUGGUGCCGAGUGGGCACAGAACACCAUCGUGCCCAAAGUCCUGGGCAUGGCCAACGACCCCAACUACCUCCACAGGAUGACCACCCUCUUCUGCAUCAAUGCCUUAUCAGAGGCGUGCGGGCAGGAGAUCACCACCAAACACAUGCUCCCCGUGGCACUGAAGAUGGCCACCGACCAGGUGGCCAACGUGCGCUUCAACGUGGCCAAGACCCUGCAGAAGAUUGGCCCAGUGCUGGACAGCAAUUCUCUGCAGGCUGAGGUGAAGCCGGUGCUGGAGCGGUUGGCCACAGACACGGACAUGGACGUCAAGUACUUUGCUCUGGAGGCCAUAAGUGUUCUUGCCCUGGCCUAGAGGAUCCACACAGGAGAGGAACCUUCUGCGUCUCGCGCCCCCAGCUUCAGUACUGAUGUCUCUCCAUAUAUUGGACAUUUUAACACACUUCCAUGGUGCAGAGGAAGUCUGUGUAUCUUCUGGGCAAACUCUGUUUUCACCGUAGUUCUCUCUGCACUCUUCUGGUCACUUCCUCUUUAGAGCAGAAGGCCGAUUGGUCUGAUGCUUAUGAGCCACUGUCCUGUACACUCACUGACCCUUAACCUUUUGAGCUUUCCUGUAGCACUUUGUUAGGUGGCAUUAUUACUUUGGCCACAAGCGCAUCUGCACCAGUUAGAAGAACAAAAAACCGAAACCAGGACUGACGCAGUUGGCUCGCUCGCCGUUACGUGUAAUUUAGGGUAACGGGAGUGUGCGCUGCGAGUCUGUGGCCCGUGUUGGUAGUGGUUCUGCCCGGUCCGGUUCUAGCACGGCUCAGUGCAUGAGUAGAGCAUGGCUCAGGCCGCCGCCCCACCUGUUGGUACACUAUGGCACUGGUGCCAGCGUCGGCUCACACCAUCAGACGUUCAGCCACAGCAGACAUCAGUCCUUCAGACAAAUGCAUUAUUAACAUGCCCGUUUUCCUAAAGGGACCAUGAUUAAACUCCCUCCCGCCACCUUAAACGUACCUGAUGCACACACUGACAUAGACUUUCUCUUAUCUUGCCCAUUUUAAGCCCCCCCCCCCCCCCCCCCCCCCCCUCUUGCUUUUCUGUACCAUUAGCCAUGGACCACACAUCUCCCUUCAAUUUCCCCUAUUAUUUUCUUAAGGACCUUUGUUCGUGUAUGCUGAGUUUUAACUUAUCAUUUGUACAGAAACAGUUGCAUGAAAUUCUCAUAUACUGUUGAAUUGGAAGAGAUAAUUAGGUGCCAUUGCAUCGGGAGGUGUUGAAUUUGUCGGGAUGUUUCAGGCGCUACAAGCAGUACAUAACGGCGAAACAUUUGUUUCAAAUGUAAACUGACAUCAGUGGUAAGGAUGUAACUACUGUAUCUGUUGUGUCAUUAGAAUAUGUCGUGUUUGUAUAUGAACAUGUUGCAUCUCUUUCCUUCUGACGCAAGGCAGAGAAAUGUUUUGGGAAUAAUCAAUAAAGAACCUGAGGUAACUCAA